UGCAUGCCUUCAAUGCACUGCUGUGGAACGAUCCAAAUGGUCUAAACAUUCCUUCCAUCAGGUUUGGUCAUAAUGUGACAAAAGGGAAUAAAACUUUAUUAGACAGUAUUUCUUAUCAUUUUUGACAUAAAUUUUCACAUAUAGUGUGUAUAUACAAUAAACUGUAGGUAAAAAUUAGUCCAGACCAUUGGACUAGUCAACAUACCUCAGGAAUACUCAUGUGAUAUGGAAAAUCAAAAGACUUUCCAGCCAGAUGCUGAUUCUGCAGUGAUGGAUUCAGAGAUUGGAACACUCCUCAGUUAUACUGAUUGUAUGGAGCAGGAGUAUUUCCAAACACUGGAAUCCUCACCAGAACUCUGUCAUGGGCUUCCAGGAUUCCUAAGAUACAAAAGAGAGUCCCAGGAGAGGAUGUACAGUCAUCAGCCCCAACCUCAACGAGACUCUCCAAUUUGCUGUCAGUUCUGUGGUUCAAGAGCUUGGCCUCCUCUGGAUCCAGGAUAUGCGGAGACACAAGAGGACUUCUGCUGUGGGAACUACAGAGAGUUGUUUGAGAUUGUGGUCCAUGAAAAGCAUCUGUCUACGAGAAGUUCUGAGGCACGGCUUAACAGACCUGGUGGAAUAGAUGACCCCUUCAUCAAUGAGAAUGAAGAGCUACAAGAUAAAGCACAAGAUAGAGGAAAACACAGUUUCAGACAGCAGCAGAGAGAGAUGCAGAGAUAUGACAGAGUUGCUCACUCCAGUUUAUUGGCAUCGACGAACAAUGUGUCUCAUGAUAAAACAGUCAUCAGUUUCCGUCUUUCUAACUGUGCACCCAAAGAGGAUUUUUGGAAAGUUAAAGAGUACAAGCAUGUGGACGAGAUCUCUGGACAAUGGCCAUGUGAUGAGUCUUCUGUACUGGGGUCAGUUGAGUUUGGCUUAACUCAUCACCAGAACAAUUCAAGUUUCUUGGAGAAGUACUACUCAAAUGGAAAUAAAUUCCUCACUGUGUUUCCAGAUGGUUCUGCACAAGUUUUCUAUCCUUCAGGAAACUUGGCUCUCAUCAUUCUCAGCUGUAAAAAGGAAAGGAUCUGUAUCGUACGAGAUGACAUGACGACGACUCUUUGUCCAGUCAGAGCCCUCUUUCAGUCUAAUGGCAGAGCCACUUGUUACCAUGGCAAAGGCAGCAUUUGGUUGAGUAUGGAUGCUUGGGGUGGGCGGUGUCUAGAUGAGGCCGGGAGGAGGAUCAGAACAUGGAGCUGGACAGACCAGGCUCAAACACCAACACCCCUGAGACCACUCUUUCUGGCACUCAACAGAAAUAUAGGGGUUCGGGUUCUUGGGCAACAGUUGGUGUUUGUAUCAUUCCUUGCUUCAGGACAACAAGCCAGGUUCAGAGUAGGCAGCUGUGAGUCGUCCAAAGAACACAACACACCUCCUCAACCCCUCAUGUGCAAAGAGGAGCUAGUACUUCUGGCAUGCAGGGUUGGCCUUCACAUGGCUCUGAUACGGUUACAGCAGUGCCAAGCCUUCCCAUCCAGCCCCACACAUCUGCGGGUCAGACCUCCACCUUUCCUUCACUCGCUGGUCCGAAGGCUGCGGAGUUUGAGCCACAGAGUACAAAUGGAAGAGCCAGACAAGGCCUUUAUCCAGCGCUGUCUGCAGGCCUAUCCAUGAACUGACACAAAACAUGCUAGAAUAGUCUCGUUUGACUUAACGGUACAGUCACAUUAGCAAAAUUACAUGAGAAAAUAAGUUCCAUUGUCUAUUGUAAAUAGUGUUGCGAUUGAGGCACAGCUCACACAGAAGUCACUUUCAAACAAAGAAGCUUGCUAUGGCCAACGCGGCAAAUUUGCUACUUGAACCCAUUGUGAAAUAUGCAUGGGGAAAUCUUUUGCCCUCACUCGAAAUUCUAAUGGCUUGGUGUCCUAUUAGAAUGACUGCUAAAUUGCCUGCUGAAAUAUGCCAAGCAAUGGUAAAUGUGACCAUACCUUGACAAACUUAACAAAAAAGUUAACGAUAGAGGAUCACCAUCAAAAGUGACUAUAGAAGGAUAUCUUAAAGGGAGAGUAAAACCCAAAAAUGAAAAUUCUAAAUUCGAAUCAUUUACUCACCCUCAUGCCAUCACCAUAGGCAUAAUUUGCGGGUGGAACGGGUGGGACAUGUCCCCACCACUUUUUGCCAGGGUCGAUAUUGUCCCCACCACUUUUUGAAACAUCUCGCGGCACGGAUGUAUACUAAUACAAAAGAAACAUCUCUAGUUUAUUAACAAUUCGUUCGUUUGUGUUAAAUAAUAGGCGAUCUGGCGCUGGGAUGUGUCGUUUUUGAAAUCACGUUGAGUGCUCGUUGCCGCUGUUAUCAGUGGCGCAACAGUUUUCUCUUUGCGCUUGUGCACAGUGCGCAGUCUUCACACGGACGAGCGCUUCAGUCUAUGGAUGUUGCGGCCGCAGACUCUAUUCGUUCUGGUGAAAUCACAAACAAAAUGCACAUAAACGUGUCUCUGCUCUUGAUAAACAAUCACUGAUGAGCAUCUUUGGUUUUAAUGAGAAAAAAAUAAAAUAAAUAACACGAGGGCGGAUUAGAACCCAGAACCUCUGGCAUGCUGAACAAAAGUUCUACCUCGAGUCCAUCAGGACAAUUUAAUACCAGAUGCAGAUUUACGUAUUUACUGACUAAUGUAAAUACUUUCGAGACUAACUAUAUAUUGUAUUAUAGUAGAUGUAAGGACGAAACUAUCAUAUUAAACAUGAGGUCUAUGUCAAUAAAUUUUGUGCAUUUAUUAUUAUAAUGAUACACACACAUUCCUGUCCCACCCACUUUUUAAAACAAAGUUACGCCACUGGCCUUCACACAUUUAUUUGACUUAUACCUGAAUGACAUAAGCACAUAUAGUGAAGCUCUCUUUGAUGUUUUACAGAAGCGCAGAGGACUAUAACUUCUUUCAUGAGCUUCACAAUGCGUUUGUCAAAAAAUUUGACCCUCUUGAACGUGCGUACAACAGUUUGCCGUAAGCGAUGGUUUAUAGUUAGAAAAAAGUUUAAAAUAUUAGUAUUUUUCUUACACACACCUAUCAUUUUCUUUCAGAAGACUUUGAUUCAUCCACUGGGUUCAUAUGGAUUACUGUUAUAAUGGCUGUAUGUGCUUUUUAGAGCGUCAACAUUUGGGUGCCCAAUUUCUUGUAUUAUAAGGACUCACAGAACUUAAGUCUGAUCUGAAGAAAGUCAUUCAUAUACAAUCUGGGAUUGCAGGGGGUUGAAUAAAUGCUAAAUUUCAUUUUUGUCGCCAGCCACUUUAAAUGCUGGAGUGCUUUAAAGUUGGGUGGAUUCUGAGUGGCUCAUCAUUCAUCAUCUAGAAAAAAUUAUUCAAAAAGUGAUUUCAGCAAUACUGUUAAUCUGCAUCGUUAUUGCUGCGGUUUGGGCUAUUCUUAGAGAAUGAGUGAUUAUUAAAGGUCUUAAACAUAGAUCUAGACUAUUUCUUUUAAGAGAGAAUUUCCAAUGUUACCUGAACCUAGAUUUAUCAAAAUUAA